CCCACGUGACGUUGCGCCUGUGCCGUUGUGACGUCUUUGCUGCGCCGCUUUCUUAGUCGAGCCCGGUCCUAACGGCAGUGAAUGCUGUGAAGUGUUUGCCAUCAUGUCUCCCGGGCUGGAGCUUCCUGCUGAAAUACAGCUAGCGCAGCGACUAGCCGGCAACGAGAAAACGAUCCGAGACCGUGCAGUGAGGAAGCUCCGGAGAUACAUCCGGGCCAAGACGGGAGCAGCCUCAGGUGGUUUCAAUCAUGAAGAAUUGCUAAAAAUAUGGAAAGGGCUAUUCUACUGUAUGUGGAUGCAAGACAAACCUCUCUUACAGGAGGAACUUGGAAACACAAUUUCCCAGCUCAUUCAUGUUUUUCAAAAUGCAGAAACCCAACACCUGUUUGUACAAACUUUUUGGCAAACUAUGAACCGUGAGUGGAAUGGAAUAGACAGAUUACGUCUGGAUAAAUUCUACACGCUAAUGCGCAUGCUUCUGAACCAGACCUUUGAGGUACUGAAAAGAAAUGGAUGGGAGGAAAGUCAGGUUGAACUACUUCUGGAUAUGCUCAUGAGAGAAAUUUUGCACCCGGAUAGUCAUGCACCUUGUGGAGUCAAGUCCCACUUUAUUGACAUAUAUUUAGAAGAACUGACUAAAGUGGGAGCACAAGAGCUUACAGCAGAUCAAAACCUGAAGUUCAUUGUUCCAUUCUGCAAAGUUGCAGCCAAGACAAAGGAUUCUACUUUGCUAUAUAAUAUAGUUGGAGGUAUCUUUGAAACCAUUUUGGAACAAGCGCCUUUUGCUAUUGAAGAUUUAAUAAGAGAAUUAAAUGCAACCCAAGAGGAAAGUGAAGUGUCAGAAGAUGAAUCCAGUGAUGUGGCCCCCGUAGGAUUACCUGGGGAGCAAAAGAAAGGAAAGAAAGACGCGGCUUCCUCCUCGCGCGGAGAUCGGCCCAAAGGGCAAAGGCGGCGCGGCGGCAAGGAGGGGCACGGGCUCGUCCUUCAGUUCAACUACGAGGAGAUUGCCGACAGACUGUUUGAAAUGGCCAGCAGACAGUACACGCCUUCACUGAACAGGAAGCGUCUCUACAAACUGGUCAGGAAGUUCCAGAGCCUGGCGGAAGGCGUCUUCCCUCAGGACGGCCUUCCUCGGCGCAAGAAGUCGGCCAAGAGCAAGCGCAAGAGGGGUCGCGAGACAGAGGCCGAGAGAGGCACAAACGAUGGAAAGCGGAAGUUGGAGGAAGUUGUGGCUUCUGCGAAGGGCGGCUCCAGGACUCCGAAGAGGAAAGGCAGGAAGACGGCGAGCGCCGAGUCUCCUCCGCGGGAGACGAGCUCAUCGGACUCAGCCGUUCCCUUCAGUCCUCAAAACAGCAGCUCGGGGGGCGCGCGUAGGAGAAAGAAGGGCCAAGGGCCAAAGGGCACGAAGGCAGCCGAGGGCUUCCAGGAGCCAAAUAGGAGCGACGCAACGGGGACCGAAAAGGACGGCAAAGAGCGAGGAUCGGCAGGCCUUGAAGUGCAGCCAGCCUCGGGCAAAAGCAAGGAAAGAGCUGCUUGUCAGAAGAUGGCGGAGCACAAAAAGAGAGACUCGGGCCCCACCCAGAAGCCUUGCACCGAAGCUCGUUGGGGGGAAGCCGCGCGAGCACCGACUGACGUGUCCCCAAAGCCUGGGCGCCGUCACGUGGGGACCCCCAAAGUGGCCGCAAAGCAAAGGAAGCAAGUUAACGGAAGCAGCCACGCUGCUCCCCAGCCGCCCUCAAAGGUGUCUUCAGAAAUGGUCCGUCUGAGAGAAUUACAGUCAACUAGAGCCAGUGCCCGAGAGAUGGAGGGUCAGGAUGUAGAUACCGCCCGGAUGAUAAGGAAGAAACAUCAGCGGGCGAACGCAGGCAGCGUUGCUCCUCCCCAGCAGAAGGCCACGCCAGCCAAGAGGGAACUGGCAAAGAGUGCAGAAACUCCAGCCGAUUGCGAUUCUCUUCCCCCUCCGAAGAAGCUGAACAGGAGCGUCAGCGAAUCCACAGGUUCCUCAAAGAAGAAGAAGAAGCGGAUUCCGUGUCUUUUAAGAACAAGGAUGCUUUUCAGAUCUCCAGGCAGGAGGAUGAAAAGAAGCACAAGGAAAGAUCUUUAAUGCUUUCUACGUGCCAGGACUGGUUCUUUGGGUGGUUUUUGAGGAUUCCAACUUCCAGAAAAGAAUAAGCAGAAGAAAUAUUUUCCAUCCUGAGGCAAAUAAGUAUUCCAGGAUAUCCUUAGCAAGAAAUCACAUAAAAAUAUUAUGUUUUCAGUAAUAAAAACUGUUGUGAUAUUAAAAAAAAAAACAGUUCAAAAGCAUGGUUUAUUUUUAUUUGAAAGGGCCCUUAGUGUUGGGAAGACCCUUCAUGAACAUGACUAGAAGAAAGGACUGGCCCAAGAAAACGUGAACCUUUGAGCAAGGCCUUUCUAGAUGUCAUAACGUAUUUGUGUUUGCAAAUUGAGAUUAGCUCAUGGAAUCUGUCAGGGUCCUGGGUUUCUGGAAACUGUGAAUCACUUCAAAAAUUAAAAUGGUUUGGGAAGCUCUGA